UGUGUGCAGACAGAGCAGCUCAGAGCUGACCACCGCAGCCGGACCACUACAGGCUUUUAUUUUGGAACUUCUAAAGAGACUUAAAAAAAAAAAAAGACAGAAAUCUCUCCAAGUUUCUUUGGACUCUCUCGAGGAGAACGUGUCUGCACCAGUUCAUUUUUGGGACUCCAGUCGUUGGAUUGCGGUGUGUGUUUUUGGAACCAACUCGACUCAUCAUGAAGUUUGUCUUCUUGUUUGAGAUUGUUGUGGCGCUGCAUCAGCUCUCACCUGCUCAGAGUCGCUCCGUCACCCACAACAACAGCUCAACCCCAGUGCUGAUGUUCCAGGAGGUCUGGGGUCGGAGCUUCUGCAGAACCAUCGAGAAGCUGGUGGAGGUGGUGCAGGAGUACCCUGGCGAGGUGGAGCACAUCUACAGCCCCUCUUGCGUGCCGCUGGUCCGGUGCGCCGGCUGCUGCGGCGACGAGAACCUGGAGUGCCACCCGACGCUGACCAGCAACGUCACCAUGCAGCUCUUAAAGAUCCACCCAGCCAGUCCGGGCCAGGAGUACGUGGAGAUGACGUUUGUGGAGCACCAGACAUGUGAAUGUAGAGUCAAGAAGCCCAUCGUGAAGGUGGAGAGGAAGCGACAGAAAGGUCGAGGGAAGAAGAGGAAACAGAAAGUGAAAGAGUGUGACAGAUGUCAGGCCCCGAGGAGGUAGCUGGUGCGGAACCCCUCUGCUAUUUAUUUCCAGCCCAGACUCUGGUGCCCCUCGAGGAGCGUUGGAGAUGUCAGACCGGUGGAGCGGCCGGUUGACCUGACACCGCGGGGCGACCCUGGGAUCCCUGUGCAAUGAAGAGCUGUUCUUACUGUUUAUGAUAUUUAAGAUGGACUUUUCUAUUUAUUGACAUUUGGACCAAACGGCUCAGAAAUCGCGGUCAACAAUGACACGUCCCCCUCUAGUGGCGGCUACUUUGUCCUGCACAUGCAUCAUUCUUGGUAAAUUGUUUUAAUACGAAUUCAAUUCCACACGUGCCUUGUCAUGUGACUAAAGACAGACAAGUGAGUUUGUAUGAUUGUUCUAUGACUAUAUUUAUCACUGGAGAUUCUGUUUG